AUGGCAUCUGAUAAUGAACUUGAUCGAAAUGCUAUUUUUGAAAAAUUUGCCUCGAUAAAACGAAUGCAUGAUGAAGUUGGUAAAAAACAAACGGAAGAUUAUCAAAAACGUUUACAAAAAUUAAAAGAAGAAGAAUCUAAUUAUAUGUCUAAAUUACUAUCUCAACAAAUUUCAACUCGAUCUCAACAAGAUGAAUCUAAUCGAGUACAAAAUUCAGCACGUCGUGAUUUAUUUUUAACAUCAAAAAAUAGUAUUAAUCCAUCUGAUCCACCAUUAUCACAACAACAUUAUUCAUCAUAUAAAUUAACAAAUCGAUCAUCAUCACAUCAUCAAGAUUCAUAUGAUAAUGGAGAUUAUGAAUGGAAUAUUGAUGAUGAUUUUCAACCAUUAAAUAUUACUGAUAAUGAAAUACUUGAUGAACGAAUAACAAAUCGUAUAACAAAUGAUGAUGAACCUGAAGAUUCAUAUAUAACUGCAUAUAAUCAAUUACUUCAAACUCAUCAUCAUCAACAUCAACAACAACAACAAAUAAUAACUCAACAAGAACAAGAAAAUAUGUUAUCAACUAUAUUUGAAGCAUCUUGUGAAGAUGCGACACCUAUGACAUCUCUAAUUGAUGUACAUCAACAACGUAUACAAAUAUCUCCAUCAAUUCCAAUAUAUGAAGAUAAUCAUAGUUACCAAGAAGAAGAAAAAAUUAACCAUCCUAAAGCACCAUCAUUUUCUUCUAUUGAUGAAAUACCUGUUUCAACAAUAUUUACAAAAAAUGAAAAUUUAAAAUACAGUGAAUACAUCCUUGAAAAACUUCAAACAGAGAAUAUUUUGAUAUUUGUUUACAAUUACUUUCAAAAUAUGACAUCAACACUUGAAAGUAUUUCUUUAAUAAAUAAAUCAACUAUUUGUAAUACAACAGAUAUAAAAGUUCAAAAUUCAUCAUUUAUUAAUGAUUCUUCUUCUUCAUCAAAAUUAGCAUAUUCUUAUUCAACUAUUGAAGAAAAUCUUGAAUGUCCAUUAUGUCUUACUCGUUUUCAUGAUCCACGUGCAUUACCAUGUCAACAUAUAUAUUGUUGUUCAUGUCUUAAUAUGAUAAUAUCAUCAAAUAAAUCAUAUAUAAAAAUUAUAUGUCCAUUAUGUCGUCAAAAAUUUUCAUAUAAAAAUUUAAAUGAUAUUCCUAAAUCAUAUAUUCAUAAUCAAUUACUUGAUUUAAUACCAAUAAAUUAUAAUAUAAAAGGAAAUUGUAUAAAAUGUAAAAUUAAUACUUUAUUAAAUUUAUGUUUAUGUUGUGAUUAUUAUUUAUGUCAAAUAUGUAUUGAUAAUGAUCGUAAAAAUUUAUUAAUAAAUCUUAAGAAGAUUUUUAAUAUUUGUUAUAAUAAUUGUGAUCAUCUAGAAAAAAUAACAUCAAUAAAAAUAAAUGAUUUAUUAUAUAAAACAAAUUUUAUAUUAAAUAAUUCUCAAAAAAUUGAUUUUAAUGAUAUUUUAUCAACAUUUAAUAAUUUAAAUUUUAUUUAUCAACAUAUGAAUAAAUUACCAAUAACAAGAAAUAAACAAACAUAUGAAAAUUCAUUAGAUAUUAAAAAUAUAAGAAUGGAAUCAACUAUUUGUUUAAAUGAACAACAAGAACUAAUCAUUGAGGAUGAUGUUGAUGAUGAUGAUGAUGAUGAUAUUAUUUAUAUUAAAACAAUACAAUCAACAUCUACAUCAAUUCUUUUAUGUGCUAUUUUUAAAGAUGAAACAUUUAUUAAUCAAAAUCAAGGAACUAAAGAAAAACGACCAUUUUUACGAAAACGUCAAGGUCUUGCACAUUAUCAAGCACCACCAAAGCGUCGUCAAACAUGUCCAAAAAUAAUUGAUACGACAAAUAAUACAAAAACUGAGCCUAUUAAACGACCAACAAGUGCUAGUAGUAAUUCACGUUCUGCAACAAUAAAUCAACGAACACGUUCAAAUUCAUCAUCAGCAUCAUUGGUAUCAAAUCGACAAACAUCACGUUCAUCAUUAAAAAAUAAACCAAUUAAACAAAUCAAUAAUAUAAAUUCAACAAAACAAAUACCUUCUAUAUCUACUCAAAGUAAUCUAUUAGGUAAAGUUGAUUUAGAUGAUGAAGAUGAUUUAUUAACAAAAUAUCAAACAAAACAAAAUCCAAUAGAAUUAAAUGAUAAUGAUAAUAAUGAUGAUGAUGAAUUUACAUCAGCAAUGAAUAAAUUUAAUUCUAAUAUACAAACAAUGAUUGAUUCAAAAUGGAAUGCAUAUAAAACAUCAUUUCAUCAUAAUGAACAAGAACAAAUUGAUGAUGAUGAUGAUGAUGACUUAUAUUCAACUAAUCGUCAACGUACAUCAAGUCGUAGUAGUGCUAUUCAAUCAAAAAUUUCAUUAGUUCAACCAAAAAAAGAUUUAGAUGAAUUUGAAAAACUUGAACAGUAUGCCGAAGAACAUCCAUCUAUGAUCAGUACAGCAUCUUAUGUUGAUAAAGUAGUUUUUAAUAAUGAUCAACCGUCAAAAACAGUGGAUAUAGUUGUUAAUCGUUUAAUUCAUUAUCAUAAAGAAGAAAAUGAUUCUAAACAUGAAGAAAUUAAUAAUUUAUCAACAAAUACAAAUCGUAUUCGACAACGAAAAAUUAUACCAUUUAAAAAUAAAAUUGAUACUCGUAUUGAACAAAUACCAACAACAGUUACUGUAACAAGUGAUCAUGAUGAUGAUGAUGAUGAUGAUGAUGAUGAAGAUCAUAAAUGGGAUGAUAUUGAAGUAGCUAAAGUUAUUCCUGUUGUUAAUGAUGAUUAUAAUAGUGAUAGUGGUAUUAGUUCAUUUAAAACUGAUUUUUCUAAACAAACACAUUAUCAACAAAAGAAAGAUUCAGCACGUUCAUCAGAUUUUGGUGAUGAUCAUUCAUGGGCUGAUCGUGUUAAUGCUCCACCUCUUAAUUCAUUAAUGCUUAAUACAUUUCCAGGUUUAAGACAUACAGUACCAACAUCAGCACCUGUUGUUCCUCCACCUCCUCCUCCGCCACCACCACCAUCAUCUGCAUCUGAACAUAAUCAAGAUUAUAGUCGUUUAGUACGUGAAAAAGCUAAAGAAUUAGAAAAACAAAUUGAAUUAUUUGAAAAAGAAAAUACAAAAUUACAAUCACUUUGUAAUGAACGUAAUUUAGCUAUAAAAAAAUUAAAACAAGAUCGUGAUGAAUUUGAAAAAACUAAACAAAAAGAAAUCGAAGAAUUUAAUCAAAUGAAAGAAGAUGAAAUAAAAAAAUUAAAACAUGAAAAACGUUUAUUUGAACAACAUCGACAACAAUUACGUGAUCAUCCAGAUAAACGUGAACGAGAAGAAAUUGAAAUAUUAAAAAAACAAGUUUUAACUUUACAAGAAGAUUUAAAACAACGUGAAAUACGUUGGUCAACAACAGUUAAUCGUCUAAAAGAACGUAUUGAAACAUUAGAAUAUGAAAAUGCUGAAUUAAAACAAGAAAAAGAUAUUAUUGAACGUAAAAGACUUGAUCUUAUGCAUCAACUACAAACAACUUCUAAACAACAAUUACAUGAAGAUACAUCAUCAUUAUCAACAACAACAACAACAAGAAAAUCACUUAUUGAACUUCAACAAACUAAACAACGUCCAAAAAGUACUGGACCAACAACAUCAAAAACUCAAUCAUUACCAAAAACAAUGGUUGUAAGAAAUUCUGAACCACCAAUUAAAUCAAAAGUAACAACAAAUGGACGACGAACACCAACAACAGUUGUUGGUGUUAAUGGUAUUAAAAAUAAUGUUGAUACAUCAAGAAAAUUAUCAACAUUACCAACAACAAAACGUCCAACAUCGAUGAAUGAAUUAACAGAAACUAUGGAAUCAGUACCAAUACCAACAAUUAUUGAGCCACCAAUUGUUAUAUCAGAACGAGCUGAUUCAGGAAAUGGUGGAAGUGAUGAUGAUAGUCAUCGAUAUGAUCGAAAAACUGAUGAACAUUUAUCACCAUCAUUAUCAUCUAUUAUUAAUUCUGAUUAUCCAAAAACAUUUAUUGAUAAUGAUGAAUCAAAUCAUCCAACUACUCUCGAUUAUAAAUCAUUAUUAACGAUGGCUACACGUACAUCAUCAUCAGCCACAACACUUCUUCAACGACAUCAAGAAACUUUAUCAUUACUUGAUCAAUCAACAACAAAACGACAAUUAUUAUCAACAAUUAAUCAUGAUUCAAUUAUUCCAAGAUCUCAUAUUAAUAUACCAUCAUCAACAACAAAAAAUAUAACAUUUAAAGAAAAUAUAUCUAUACCAACGAAUAAUUCAAUAAUUGAAGAAAUUCAUCAUAAUGAUGGACGUAUUGAACGUAUUAAAUCUGAUUUAUCAAAACAAAUUCUAUUUCCAAAUGGUUCAAAACAAGAAAUCAGUUCAGAUGGUAAACAAAUACGUGUUCAGUUUUAUAAUGGUGAUUAUAAAGAAAAAUUAUCUGAUGGUCGUUGUAUAUAUAAAUAUGCAAGUACAAAUACAACUGAAACAGAAUAUCCAGAUGGUACACAUAUAUAUGAAUUUCCAAAUGGACAAAUUGAAAAACAUUUACCUGAUGGACGACAAGAACAUAUAUUACCUGAUAAAACAAAAAAUAUUUAUUUAACUGAUGGUACAAUUAUAUCAAUUAAAACAAAUGGAGAAAAAUUUAUUCAACAUCCAAAUCAAACAAAAGAAGUUCAUACAGAUACAUAUAAAAGAAAAUUAUUUCCAAAUGGUUCAAUAUUAACAGUAUUUAAUACUGGUGAACAAGAAGUACGUUAUGCUAAUGGAAAAAUAAAAAUCAAAGAUGCACAAGGCAAUAUUAUUGUAGAAAAAAAAAACUCCAACAAAUAA